UACCUAUCAAACUACAAAUAUAAUUCAUAUCGAAACAGUUACACACACAUCGACACAGAUAUCGUAAUGGCAUUUAGUGGACACACAGGUUCUGAUGGUAAAGUUGUUUGGAGGGAAGAGAUCUAUUCUGGAAGCACGCGCAUCACGGCGCCCACCUUAUCAUCACCGUCAAACCAAUCGGAACAAUCGGAGCCAUCGGAAAAAUCAGAGCAAUCUAAGCCAUUGGGAAUGGAAUCACAUAAUUAUCUGCCCCCACAAAGAUGGGAGCAUCUCAACUUGCGGGGAGCACAUAAUUUAUUGUAUGAUGAUCAGGGGGAAUCGUCGUCAUCAUCUUCAGCGCCAUUAUCUCUGCCGCCAGCACGAGAUAGUACUUAUAUACAUGGCAAUCAUAAUACAGACUCCCUCUACAGCUGGACAGAGAUGUAUGGCUCUCUCAAGCAGAUGGAGAGUCAAAGCAAUGUGGUUCCCUCAUUGGAGCUGCACUCAAAGACGAGCACGUUAGACUAUCUUCGGGAAUUGGGCGGCUUGAAGUUAGAUCGAGAGCCCCAGGUGGCCUACGAGACGUGGUAUGCAUCGAAGCAAAGGUUACGCCAGCAGGAACUCCAGCGACAGAAGGAGCAGCGUGAGAAGAAGCAGAAAGAAGAGGAAAAACGCAAAAAUCUGGCCAAGAUUUGCUACGAAAAAUGGCUGAACGAUAAGGCGCGACAGGCGACGCAGAAGCGACUACAGAAUCGUGUGCAGAGAACGGACAUACAGUCAUCCAGCUCGAUAACCAGCGGUAGUUCGAGUAGCAAACCCGUCCGGGAUGUCUCGCAGUCGGAGAUCAGGCAGGUGGUACAGAGCUGGUGGCACAAGAAACAGGAGCAACAGCAGCGUCAGCGUCUCGAGAGACAGAGACAUAUGCAGAAAAAGGAAAGGGAGAGUCAGCGUCGCAAGAAGCUCGCUUCGAUGGCCUGGCAAAAGUGGAUGAGCAAUGUUUACGAUAAGCCCAAACCGGUGCCCAUGAAUCAGGGCAUCGAUUCACUUCGUGGCACCGUCUCUCAAAUAUACAUUAAUCCCGUUCCCUGGAAGCCCCUUAAGAAGGCAUCGGAGGAGCAUUAAUUUUUAGAUUAACUUCAUUAAUUAAAGUCAUGUGUAAAUGUAUGAAAAAGCGAUUUAAUUGAUGUAAUUAUUUGUCUGUAGUUAUCUUGUCAACACAACCCAUACCAAAUAUACAAAAAAUAAACACUAAAUAUAAAUAAAA